AUGUCGUCGCUGAAAGUUUUAUUAUUGGGUGAUAACCCAAGAAUUAUGCUAUACACUUCCCGUUUCCAACUAGCUAAAAGUGUCGAUUUAUAUCAUGUUAGUGAUUCAGAGUCAAGUUCAUUCCAAAUAGAAACUAUUUCAUAUGGGAAUUCAAACGUGGAACUACAUAACCAUUUCCCCUCUAUGAAGAAACUGAAAGCUCAUUUGAUCUCAUUAGAUAAACAAGCCACAACAACAUUGGAUGGAGAUUCUGCCUUAAUUUUUGAUUUAAUUUGCUUUUCGGCAUCUUCUUUAAAGGAUUUAGCCGCCGUGACAAAGGAAUUGAAUGAUUUAAUCAAUAUAAACACAAAAAUAUUUGUAGAAAGUACUACUUUCGUGCAAUUAGAACCAUUUAUCUCAUCUUCAUUGGAUUUGAAAAAUUUACCCAUCUUUAGUAUCAUGUCUGAUUUUGAUAUACGUCAAAUAAAUGCUACUCAAUUCAAACAAUUUUACAAUAAUAAUCCAAUGGAAAUCUCAAAUAAGAUUUAUUUGGGUAUGACUAAUUUAAAUUCUUUCAAUUAUAAUCAUCAACAAUCCAAUAUGUUGAAAACGUUUGGUAGACUAUUUGAAAAAUUAUUCCCACAUGAUAUCGUUGAUCUUUGUAACAAUUCUCCAAGAGAGUUCUUAUCGCAACAAUGGUUAUUAUCAAUCUCCAAAAUAUGCUUUGAUCCUUUAUUAAUUUUAUUGGAUGAAACAAACCCAAAAGCUUUAGAUCAACAAGUCCUUGCUAAACCAUUAAUGUCUGGCUUGAUUAAUGAAAUAUUAAAUAUCAUGUCAGUAAUGAAUUGUAAUACUUCCAAAUUGAACGAAAGAUCAUUAUUUAAAUCUUGGUGUAAAAGCUACCCUAUUGAGAAUGAUUCCCCACCUUUGUUAUUCGAUUUCAUCAAUAGAGUUUCUGUUCUAGACAUAGAUCUAACUAUCCUACAACCUAUCUUAUUAGCUGAUGAUAAUCAAUUACAAACUCCUUAUUUAGAAUUUCUUUAUUCUAUUAUGUCUCAAUAUCAAAAAUAUAAUAAAGGUCUUUCUAAAUGGUUCAUUAGAAGGGAAGAUUCCGAGUUGGCAGAUCCUCAUAAUCAUGAUACAAAAUAUUUAGCUUUAAUUAAUUCAAAAGAAGAAUUACAAGCAAAUUAUAAUGUUUUACAAAAAUCUUUCAACGAAAAAGUUUUAAUGAUGAAAAAUCUACAUUCUGAAAAAUCAACAGAUAUGGAUCAAAUUAAUCAUUUAAACGAUAAAGUUGCUAAUUUACAAAAAAAAGUUAAAAGACUAAAUGAACACCAUUCUAUGGAAGUAGAAGAUUUGAAAAAGAAAUUACAACAAGCAACUCUUCAACUUGAACAACAAGAACAACAUUAUCAACAACAAUUACAACAACAACUUGAAGAACACCAAGAAGAACAAAUUGACGAAUCUUCUCAAUUGAACUCCAUGCUUCAUGAUGAUAGUGUGGAUGACAAUGAUGAAAAUUCACCAAAUAAUAAAGAAAGAGAAGAAAGCAACGAUUCACAGCCUCAAUCGUAUGUUAGUAGUGAUAUGGAUCGUCAGCCAACCAAUACAACUGCUUCAACUACUGUAGAAGAUGUUACAGAAACUAUUACAUCGUCUGCUGCAUCUGAAAACGUUAUUAGUAACAAUGAAAAUGCUAAUAUCAAUGGGAGUUCAAAAAGUACUGUUCAUAAGUCCAAAUCUAAUUCAAAAUCACAUUUGAAAGAUCGUGAGAAGGAACUUGAAUUACGUAAAAAGGAAUUGGAAUUACAAGAAAAGGAACUUGAGCUGAAACGUAUUGCUAUGGAACAAAAAAUGCUAGAAACUACUAAAAACGGCAAUGAUAUGAAAUCACAGAGUAACCCAAAUUUAAUAUCCGAUAAUAAUAGUAUUAAUGGGAAUCAAGUAGGCAAUUUUUCAAGGAAACCUUCACAUCCACAAUUGAAUCAUCAAAUGUCAAUGGGUAAUUUAAAUACUAGUUAUAAUAAUUCCAACUCUAAUAACAACAACAAUAUGACUGGUUCAAGAUCUAUGUAUGGCGGGGCUGCUGCAUAUUCAACAUCUAAUUUAUCUUCUAUGGCUGGUUACGUCCAAGAUUCAGGUCCAAACUCUCCUUAUAUUAAUAAUCAACAGGUCAAUCAACAACAAAGACAAUCUUCAUAUGACCAAAUGUCCGGAUAUGGUAUGGGAUCACCUAAUAUGAUGAACAGAUCCAACAAUGGCCAAUUUAGAAAUACAUAUGAUUACUCAAAUAAUUCAAAUCCAAAUUUCAAUAAUCAAAAUGCUAUACAAAACCAGCAAAGAUUAACUUCUUUACAGUAUCAAAAUCGAUUUAGGAAACCAAAUCAAAUGAUGGGUAAUCCCGUCGGUGGUGGUAUGGUUGGUGGUAUGCAAAGAAAAAAUAUGAGAAGUGCAAGUGGUCAUGUCAUGGGUGGAAAUAUGAAUAACAUGAAUGGUAUGAACAAUAUGAGUAACAUGAAUGGUAUGAACAAUAUGAACAAUAUGAACAACAUGAAUGGUGGCAUGAAUAACAUGAAUGGUAUGAACAACAUGAACAACAUGAACAAUAUGAACAAUAUGAACAAUAUGAACAAUAUGAACAAUAUGAACAAUAUGAACAAUAUGAACAAUAUGAAUGGUAUGAACAACAUGAAUACUAUGAAUGGAAUGAACAACAUGAACAAUAACAAUAUGAACAACAUGAAUAAUUUGAAUACCAACAGUAAUAACAACAGUAACGAUACUACUACCAAUAACACAAAUACUAACCAAAGCAAAGCACCAAUUCAAUUUAAUAGUAAACAAACAAAUACUAGUACUGACAAUAGCAAUAACAAUUCGACCAAGAGUGUUAGUAAUAAUAACAGUAACAGUAAUACAAAUAAUAAUUCGAAUAAUAAUUCGGGUACAAACACACCAAUACUAAAUACUCGUACUAGUAGUGCUACUUUGAACUUAAGUUCUAGAGCAGUUACAAACCCUACUCCUCCUGUUAUCACAUACGGCUCUUCUAAUACCUUACUAAAAUCUGAAACCUCUAAUUCAAAUAACAAUACAACUAUAUCAGAUUCUACAGAUGAUGAUCAUCGUGCCUUUAUGAAGAAAAGUUUUAGUUCUUUUUUCAAGAAGAAGAAAUAG